UUGAUUGUCUAUGAUUAGUUGUUGUCAGUGGGGCGAGCGUGGAGGUCGUGUGAUUUGAAUUUCAUUUCGAUUUAUUUUCUGCAAGCCCAUUUCCUAAAAGUUGUUAUUUUUUAAAUAAACCGAUAAAACCUAGUUUGCAUAUUUAAAUUUAAUAAUUAGCUAUAUCGUUGUCAUUUAAUAAUCGCCACUUUUUUACCGUCAAUAUGCAAGAGACCGUUACAAACGCUAACGAAAGAAAAUCCUUGUUUUCUUCGUUUUUGGAGGUUCUGGAGAUUCGAGAGAAACAGGCUCAAGCAGACAGGCAGCUGCAGGAAGAAAAGUAUCUGAGAAGGACCCAGAGAAUCUAUGAUUUUCACGAGCGGCAGCGGCGCGAGGCGGCGGAGCUGCGGCGCUGCCUGGACUACGUGUCGCAGCACGCGCACGUGCUGGAGAGCGUGCUGCGCGGCGCCGGCGCGGCCGACGCGCCGCUCAGCGCCUGCCUGCUGCGCCAGGCCGCCGCGCUGCAGCGCUGCAUGGCGCAGUGCGUCGCCAACGCCAGCCGCAUCCGACACCUGCUCGCCGCCACGCACCAGCCGCAGAUGGACACCAUGCUCGCCAAAAUGGAGGCGGAGCUGAGCACGUGGACGGCGUUCCUGCAGCGCGCCGUGGACGCCACCUACAACACCGAGGUCGUCAUCGACAACCUGCACAACAUCAUCGCCGAGCAGCGGCGCUGCGUGCGCGAGGUGUCGUCCAGCAGCGUGUUCACGUCGCUGACGGGCGCGGGCGCGGGCGCGGGCGCGGCGGGCGAGCAGGGCGGCGAGGCGGGCGGCGCGUGGUCGCCGCUGGACCGGCGCGCGCCGUCGCUGGCGAGCAGCACGCCCAUCGCGCGCGACUAGCGCCGGCGCCGCGCCUGCUGCUUGUCUGCCCGCCGCCGCCCUCUACCUGUGUUCACGUCUAUACCAUGGUGCAGCAUGCUGACUUAACAGAACGACCUGAUGUUGAUAUCGUUUAGUUUAAACAAGUUCUCGAGAACAUUGCCUACUGCUGCGCCCUCGACGGCGCUGCCUGGCUAGUGAGGUGCGGGCGACGUCACGUCUAUUCUUUUUGUAUCGUUCAGUAGUUUAUCAGCUAGGAGCAAGCAGCAUUUGUGUUGUCAGUUUGGUCACACGAGGGACCCGGGUCGCAGAGGGCGCCGGUGUGUGCUGUGCUGUCGCUAUCGUUCGAUAUAAAUAGCGAUAGCUCAGGCGACUAUUGACGUGACGUCGAUGCCGACCUUGCCGGAUUCUAAAUGAUAUUUUAUGUUUUCGUAAUGCAUAUAGGAAGUGCGCCAAACCGCCGCCACUCGACUCCUGCUGUAAUAUUUACAGCGAGAGGAUCAGCGGCGUGGUAGUGUGCCCACUUGAAGCUCGAAAUAAACGAUUGCUUGUGAAGUAAGCGAGCGAUAAGCCGUGACUCGAGUAGUUUAUGUAAUGAAACGUAAGAGUACAAAUACCGCCAUGUGUUGCCCGCAGCACUGCCUUAUAGUGUGUGUUCAAUUCGCGUCACUGCCCAAUCUAUCUAACAUUAUCUGCGCUCACGUUUGUUAACGUUACAUUAUAACUUUGUAAUCGUAUUCGCUUUUAAAGUUUUCGAUAGUUGGUGAUGUUUCGAAAUCAUUAUUAUAACUAUAGUACUACUACAAAAGUGUUGUGUAUAGGAGUUGGCAGUCGUGUCAGUGCUGCGACAGAGCAGCCCGCUCCACUAUAUGCUUGUCGUAGACCGCGCUUAUAUCCCUUGUACUCUUCAGUCGAAAUAUAUUUUUCAUUAUUCGCUAUUAGAUAAAGGCCGAGUGAGUUCCGCCCUGGUGACGGUGGUAUAGUUUCGAUGGUGCUGUACUGGUACUGUACUCGUGGGUUGCCUUCUCUGCGCCGCACGCUGCCACACUCCUACUUGUAGGGUUUUGGAUACUUUUUACCUAAGUCUAGAUAGUAAUAUUCAUAGACAACACUUAGGGCUGCCAUCAACUUCCUCGCCGAAAUAGACUAUUGACGAUGCGUCCAUCAAUCCGAAUGGAGUGAACGUCUUCCAAAAUCUUUUCGUUAAUGUCAUAAACGUAUUCCGAUCAAAUGGACGUCUACCAGCUUUGUACUUACAAACGAAUUGAUCUCCAUGUAUCCAAUCCAAAGGGCCUGGGGUAUACAUUUUAUAGAGUACUAUUUUCGAACUGUAAUUGAGCCCAGUGCGCGUACGUCCAAAUGAAAGUAAGUCAAUGUGCCUGAAAACUGAAGCACGACCAUAGGGACGUAUUCCGUUAAGAAGCGUUCCAAGCAGACGUGUCGUCAAUGGCAGGCUUUAUACCCGGGUUUUACAUUAUCCAGCUUAUUGAAUAUCCCAGAUGUCCUCUACAGUGGAACAAGCCCGGUCUGAUGGCAGCUCCAAGUGUACUCUAUGUAGUGUUAGUGUUCGCUAAUAUAGAUCUGAUAGCACAUGUCGACACACUGGCUGUCAUCAGCAGAUUUUGUGCUUCAAAUGUGCUUCUAAAUUAAUAUUUUUCUAUUCCUUCACACAGACAGGCGAUUUAAUCGCAUAUAACGAGGAUUAAAAAUCCUCGUUAAUUUAUCCACUAUUUCGAGUACUUUAUUUUUGUAAGAUCCUGCAUUAUCGCAACGGUACUAUAAUCUCAACGUACAUGCGUGUGUUGUAGUGAGUAGGAGCGUGUCGGCCGGGGCUGCUGGCGCGGCUCAUCUCUCGUUGUCGAGUGAGGCGCCUGUCUGUUUACACAGUAUUGUUUGGAUGUCAAUGUAUUACCAAAUAAGAAUGUAUUCAUUACGUAGGUAUAUAAAAGUUAUUGUAACAAGAAUGUGGCCAAAUUUUUCUUAGUGUGGAGUGUACACGCUCGUCGGUCGUGUGCUUUGUCAAGCUUUACACUAAUAAUUUACAUAUAAUGUAAAUAUCAUUAUUUGCCAACACCGAAGGUCAUGUAUUUUUAUAAAAACGUUAUGCUACAUGAAAUGAUAGUUGAAGACUAGUUUUAAUAAACAGAUUAUUGUAAAUAGUAUACAUAAUUAGUUCGUGCUCAGGCCCACGGCCGGCUUUGUGAUAUCACAACGAAGCAUAUACUUAAUGUUAACAUGAACUUGAUCACUGAAGGGACCUUAUCGUACUUGUUGUCAAACAUCGUGUUGCUGUCGUUGUUUAUACAUGUUUAUGCAUUUAUUGUGAUCGUAUCGCGCAUUAUUCAAUACAUAUUACUCUUUUAUUCAAUUAUAUUAAUAUAUUGUUAUUAAAUUAACGUAAAGAGAGAAUUAGUGUUCGUGUUGACACCUAGUUGUAAUAAAAUUACUGUUGCUAAUGAAAUAUGAUGACGUCAUGUUUGUCUGCUGUACUAUAUACAAGUUUCUUAAAUGUUUUAUCUUUAUAAAUUCUUAUUAAUGUUAAGAGGUUGUUGAGCAGACUGGAACGCCAAGCCUAGUACAUGAUGAUGAGUGCAAUGAUGAUACCGUACCGCCGCCGUGCCGCAUGCUCUCUGCACCGGCACUCACAUUCCACAACUUCACUUCGUAUUUUGUGUAUAUUGUUCAUGUAAAUUAAUAAACUGAUUAUUAUUUGUAAAUAUAUAA